AUGACUCUGACCGGAAGUGGCGAAAGUUUGCCUGUUGCAAAGAACGUAUACAAUACAACAGGAUUCCAGUCACUGAGAGCGCCACAAAGUUUAUAUCCAUCUGUGGAAACAGAUCUACGGAUUUCCGGAAGGAUUUAUUGCGACGAGAACUACUACGGCCGCGACUGCCUGAACGAAUGCGUGCCCGUCGCCUUGCGUUACACCUGCGACGACAACGGUCAGAAGAUCUGCACGCCCCACAUGACCGGAGAACAUUGCAACAUAGCGAGCCCGUGUCGAAGCGCCCCCUGCUGGAAUGGCGGCACGUGCCAGGUGGAGUCUCUGGGCCCUGGACGAGGAUUCACGUACAGCUGCAGGUGUACAGAGUUCUUCAGGGGCGACAUCUGCGACCAGGGAAUUGAUGAUUGUUUUGUUGGGGCGUGUCAGAAUAACGCCACGUGCGUUGAUAAAAUUGGUAACUACACAUGCACGUGCACAUCAGAAUUCAAAGGAUGGCAGUGUGAUCAAGACGUAAACGAGUGUAUUGAAACGCCGGGUAUCUGUAGAAAUGGCGGCACGUGUGAAAACCGUCGCCCUGGGUUUCACUGUUACUGUCCUCCUGGCUUCACCGGCAAAACGUGCGACGUCGAAGUAAAAGAUUGCCGGAGUCGAACCGGAUGUCAAAAUGGCGGCACUUGUUCCCGAUCAGGCAUCAGUUUCCAGUGUACCUGCGCCCCCGGAUAUAGCGGUCAGAGUUGCGAGGAGUUCGUCUGCUCGCCUAACCCCUGCUACAACAACGGCGUCUGCUCGCCAAACGGACAGGGUUACGUGUGCGCCUGCCCGAGAGGAUUCAUGGGAUCGCAGUGCCAACUGCGCGACUUGUGUGGUAGCACCCCUUGUAACAAUGGCGGACAAUGCACUUCCGACGGACUGACCUACACCUGCGCAUGCCCAGAGAACACAUGCGGACGGAAUUGCGACACCUGCAACCUGUGUGCUUCACGUCCGUGUCAAAAUGGCGGCAGAUGCUUCUCCAACUCGGCUAGUUACGUCUGUGUCUGUCCCGACCAGUAUACCGGUAAAAACUGCGAGCUGACCAACUACUGCUCGGGUGAGCCCUGUCAAAAUGGCGGAACUUGCGUCAACGAACGCUCCACUUACAGGUGUAGAUGCAGUCCGGGCUACGCCGGCGACAGGUGUCAGACGAGCGACCCUUGCUACAGCAACCCCUGCCAAAAUGGCGGCACGUGCAACGGAGAGGGGUCGUCGUUCACGUGCAGAUGCCGCACGGGCUAUUCCGGAAGUAGGUGCACGAACGUGGAGCCGUGCGCAAACUCCGAUUGUCUGAACGGAGGGACGUGCGAGGCAAAUGGCGGCUCCUACUCGUGCCGGUGUUCGCCUGGUUAUUACGGCCUGAGCUGCGAGAGCAGAACGAUGUGCGCGUCGAAUCCGUGUCAGAACGGAGGCACGUGUUACUUCAACGACCUGACCUACACAUGCGAGUGCCCGCCUCAGUUCACGGGACGCAACUGCCUACAGACGAACCCGUGCUACGCUAACCCGUGCAGGUCGGGAUUCUGCCAGCCGGAUGGGACGGACUUCCAAUGCACCUGUCCUAAAGACAAAUGGGGCAGACGGUGUGAGAAUGACAACCCGUGUCUCUCUAGGCCCUGUCAAAAUGGCGGGAUCUGCUCGUCCAACGACAAUCUCUUCACCUGCGCAUGCGUGGGAGACUUCACGGGACAGCUCUGCGAGAUAGCGAACCCGUGCGCGAGCAACCCGUGCGGAAACAACGGCUACUGCAGGAAAGUCAACAACUUCAACUUCCGCUGCGAAUGCCUGUCGGGAUACUCCGGACUGUCGUGCGACGUGCGCGACCCGUGUUCGGGAAAUCCUUGCAACAGUAACGGCGAGUGCUCUCCCCUUCCCGACGGACGCUACACCUGCCGCUGCAGGGAUGGGUUUUCCGGACCCACGUGUCGCUCCCUCUCCGACCCGUGCAACCCGAACCCGUGCAGCAACCACGGGGCGUGUCAGAGGAGUGGCACGGGCUAUUCGUGCCAGUGUCAGGCCGGUUACCUGGGCGACCGCUGCCAGACCCAGACGCCGUGCGCCGAUCAGCCGUGCUUCAACGGAGGCUCCUGCAGCUACUCACCGGAUCUCACCAGUUACGCAUGCGCCUGUGCCAUCGGCUGGACGGGUCCAAACUGCCAGGUCCCGACCAUCUGCAGACCCAACUCUUGCGCUAAUGGCGGCGUCUGCUUCGACGAUAAUGACAGAUACUUCUGCAACUGUCCCGAAGGUUUUACAGGUGACCGAUGCGAGUCCGUCAGCACUUGCAGCGACAAUCCUUGUGGGGCUAAUGGCGUCUGUCGGCUGUCGUCCGGCAACCCUCGCGGGUUCGUCUGCCAGUGUAACAGGGGUUUCGUCGGUCAGCAGUGUGAGAGAGGCGUCUGCUCGGAGUCCCCCUGUGCUAAUGGCGGCCGGUGCAGAGUGGAUCUUACCAGUAACUCUGGAUUCACGUGUUCGUGUACUCCAGAAUUCACCGGGGCAACUUGUGAACUUCCCAACGCAUGCGUGAGCUCACCUUGCCUAAACCGAGGCACAUGCAUCCCACAAGGCUUCAGAGCGCAGUCUGGAUACGUCUGCAACUGUCGGCGUGGAUUCACGGGACAGAGGUGUGAGCGGGACAUCAUCGACCCCAACACCGUCACAACGACCUCGCCCCGCCUCACGCAAUGCACGAACAAUCCGUGCCAGAACCAGGGCACGUGCUACGUCUCGCGCGUGUCGCCGUAUGGCUACACAUGCGCCUGUAGGGACGGUUUCAUUGGUCGAAACUGCGAGACGAAGACCAACGUGGAAGGAUCGUGUUCUUCCUCUCCCUGCAAAAAUCUUGGAGUCUGCACGCCAGGGGGACCAAGGGGAGGCUACUCCUGUCGGUGCCUCAAUGGUUACCAGGGAGACAACUGUCAGACCAGGACGUUCCAGUGCGCCCAGGACAGGUGCCCGAACGGCGUCUGCUAUCUGACGGAAACUAACGAAGUAGACUGUAUGUGCCCUCCAAGGACACGCGGUCCCAAGUGUGAAUUCCUUGCGUACGACUGCCCUCCCGGACCACAGCCCGUCGGUUUCCCCUACCCGUUCGACUGUCAUCGGUGGGUGCACUGCGAUUUUGGGCGUGGUUUUAUCAAGGAUUGCCCUGGCAACCUUCACUUCAGCACCUACACCGGAACCUGCGAUUAUCCUUUCAGAGCCAACUGUCGAGUUCGCGGAUAG